AUGGUCAUCGCCGACGGCAGAGAAGUUACCAGCGCGGAAGAGCAGAGACUGAAGGAGGACCGUGAUCGUGUCAAGUACUGGAAGAAAUGGGGACCAUAUACCGCAGAACGGCAAUGGGCCACUGUCCGUGAGGAUUACUCGUGAGGCUCCCAUUUAAACCGUGGUGAUAGGCAUACAGUCGCUGACAUGGACUUCAGUGCCGAUGGCAACGCAUGGAGCUCCUUCACUUACGACAUGGCUCGCUCUCGGGCCUUUCGCUGGGGCGAAGACGGCAUUGCUGGUGUCUCGGACACUCACGGUCGCAUGAACAUUGCCUUUGCCUUCUGGAACGAGAAAGAGUGAGCCUUUGUCACAUCCUUGAACUGCUGCUCAGUCACUGAUUUGCUUGCAGUCCUCACCUCAAGGAGCGCCUCUUCGGUCUCUCGAAUCCCCAAGGUGUGCACGGCGAGUCGAUCAAGGAGUGCCACUUUCACCUCGACAACACACCCACCCAUUCGUACAUGAAAUUCCUCUACAAGCUACCUCAGUGUGCUUUUCCAUACGAAGAUUUGAUCAAAGAGAACGCCAGACGGUCACGGCAAGAGCGAGAGUACAACCUCGUGGACACCGGUAUCUUCAACCACAACAAAUACUGGGAUAUCUUCAUUGAGACCGCCAAGGAACAGGACGACCCAGACGAGCUGCUGUUCCGUGUCACGGCAUACAACAGGGGAUCAGAACCGGCAAAACUGCACAUCUUGCCUCAUGUGUGGUUCCGCAACACAUGGGCUUGGGGUUACGACUCGUACAAGCCCACGAUCAAGCAGACGGACAAUCUCAGCGCUUCGAUUAAGCAUCGAGAGCUUGGCCAGCGCUACUUCCAGUGCUCUCCUUCUCCAAACAGCUGUGGAGCGGAGUCCGACAUCGAGCCGGAGUUCCUCUUCACUGACAAUGACACCAACUACGUCAAGCUUUGGGGCUCCAAAUCCAACAAGACACAAUAUGUCAAGGACGCGUUCCAUGAGCGCAUCGUUCAUGGAGACAAGAAGGCCGUCAAUCCUCAGAAGACUGGAACCAAAAGCGCGGCUUGGUACGCAUUUGAUCAAAACCAAGGUGUGCCUCCUGGCGAGUGUGCCGUCGUCCGUAUGCGAAUCUCCACCAAGCAAAACGAUGGCUACCUCGACGAGGAGAAGUUCGACAACGUCAUGGAACAGCGUCUUGCUGAAGCCGAUGAGUUCUACUACAAAGUCAAUCCGAUGCCAGUGUCCGACGACCUCCGCAACAUUCAGCGUCAGGCACUGUCGGGUAUGAUGUGGUGCAAACAAUACUAUCACUUCGUCUGGGAUCAGUGGGCAAACGGUGAUCCGGCCAUGCCCCCUCCACCACCGGAACGGAAACACGUACGAAACGCCCAAUGGAAGCACAUGCAUCUGGAUGAUAUUCUGUCCAUGCCUGACUCCUGGGAGUAUCCGUUCUUCGCCGCUUGGGAUAGUGCCUUCCACUGCAUUCCGAUCGCCAUGAUCGACCCAGACUUCGCCAAGAAGCAACUCGACCUGUUUACAAGAGAGUGGUACAUGCAUCCCAACGGACAGUUGCCUGCCUAUGAAUGGAACUUUGGCGAUGUCAACCCGCCCGUACAUGCCUGGUCGACUUUCCGUACGUUCAAGAUUGAGCGCAAGAUGUAUGGUCGUGAAGAUCUUGACUUCCUGGAGCGUGUCUUUCAGAAGCUGCUCAUGAACUUCACAUGGUGGUGCAACCGAAAAGAUGCCGAGGGCAAGAAUGUUUUCGAGGGUGGUUUUCUCGGUCUCGACAACAUUGGCCUCUUCAACCGGUCAGACCCACUGCCCACUGGUGGUACACUAGAACAGGCCGAUGCGACGGGCUGGAUGGCCUUUUACUGCUUGAGCAUGCUCAACAUUGCCCUCGAACUCGCCAAACAUCGCCGCAUCUACGAAGACAUUGCGACCAAGUUCUUUGAGCACUUUGUCCUCAUCUCUGACGCCAUGCAGUAUCGCCAUGGUGACGAAGCGCGCUCCCUGUGGAAUGAUGAAGACGGUUUCUACUACGAUGCGAUCUCAUGGGGUGGCCCGUGGUCUCAUCAAAUGCCAAUCCGCUCUCUGGUCGGCUUGAUCCCGAUGUAUGCGACGCUCACGCUUGAACCGCAAGUCAUUAACAAGUUGCCCAACUUCAAGCGACGACUCGAAUGGUUCAUGAAGAACAAGCACGACCUGUCGGAACGCAAUAUCGCCAGCAUGACGAGACGAGGAAAGGACGAGCGUCUACUUUUAUCUCUGGUCAACGAGGACCGCCUUCGCUCCAUGUUGAGAUACAUGCUGGAUCCGAACGAGUUCCUCAGCGACUAUGGCAUUCGUUCUCUGUCGAAGCACCACAAGGAUCAUCCUGUUUCGAUGGACGUCAACGGUCAGCGAUACUCCGUCAGCUACGUUCCAGGCGAUUCAGACAGCGGCCUUUUCGGUGGCAACAGUAACUGGCGUGGACCAACCUGGAUUGCUGUCAACUUCUUGCUAAUCGAGUCCCUCCUCCGCUUCUACAUGUUCUACGGCAAUACUUUCAAGGUCGAAUGCCCCACUGGCUCCGGCGACUAUAUGCAUCUGGGCCAUGUGGCAGAGGAGGUCCAGCACAGACUACAGCAUCUCAUGGCUAGUGAUCAUGUCGGCCGACGCGCCAUACACGACGGAAACGACAUGCUCGACUUCGACCCACACUGGAAGGACUAUCUGUGGUUCUUUGAGUACUUCGAUGGUGACACUGGACGUGGUCUUGGCGCAACUCACCAGUGCGGCUGGACUGGUCUCAUGGCCAAGAUCAUACAGGACACUGGGUAAGUAACCUCCUCGUCGUUUCCAAAAACCGCCUUUGCUGACAGUCCGCAGUAUCAACUGCCGCCUUCCACAAACGCCUCGAUCACCCUCAGCCGCGGCAUCGCACUACUUCGACGAUACCUUUAGCCGUCAACGCCGUGCUUCCCUCGGACCUCGUACUCCGACCGCAGGCCUGAAGCGCUCGUUGACCCGUACUCGUUCCAUUGGCCAACGUAGUGACUGGAGUGGAACGAAUGGCGACGAUCAAACCACAGUCGACGACGAUGCCGACGACGCCGACGGUGAUGAUACCCUUAACAAUGGCAAGCCUGGUCGACAGUGGACCAUCUACAAGGAAGACGGUGAUGCCAACGCUGGACGAGCGGAGGACCCCGAUGACCCGAUCAACCGAUACGUGCAGGAUCAGCUGCAGCGAAUCAAGAGUAAUGAGAGUGCUGAGUUGGCGGAGGAGUUGGCCUCCCAGGGUGAUGGCGUGAAUGAAAGGGAGUUGUAG